UGCUGAGUACCCCGACCUGAGGAAGCACAACAACUGCAUGGCCAGCAACCUGACGCCAGCCAUCUACGCCAGGCUCUGUGACAAGGCAACCCCAAAUGGCUGGACCUUGGACCAGUGCAUUCAGACUGGCGUUGACAACCCUGGCCACCCCUUCAUCAAGACUGUGGGCAUGGUAGCUGGUGAUGAGGAGACCUACGAGGUGUUUGCCGACCUGUUUGACCCUGUGAUUCAGGAGCGGCACAACGGAUACAACCCCCGCACAAUGAAGCACGUCACAGACCUGGAUGCCAGCAAGAUAAAGUUUGGUCACUUUGAUGAGCGCUACGUCCUCUCCUCCCGGGUCCGGACUGGGCGCAGCAUCCGCGGGCUGAGCCUGCCACCAGCCUGCACCCGUGCUGAGCGGCGAGAGGUGGAGAAGGUGACCGUGGAGGCACUGAACGGCCUCACCGGGGACCUGGCAGGCCGGUACUACCGCCUCAGUGAGAUGACAGAGAGGGAGCAGCAGCAGCUCAUUGACGUGAGUCGGCACAACAAUGAAAAGACCUUCUUGAUCUGGAUCAAUGAGGAGGACCAUACACGUGUCAUCUCCAUGGAGAAGGGGGGCAACAUGAAGCGUGUCUUUGAGCGCUUCUGCCGGGGCCUGAAGGAGGUGAGUGCACAGCCCCAUGGACAGGCAGGUCUACUGCAGCACUGGUCCUGGGUGCUCAGCNNCCCCUCCAACCUGGGCACGGGGCUGCGAGCAGGCGUCCACAUCAAGCUGCCACUGCUCAGCAAGGACAGCCGCUUCCCUAAAAUCCUGGAGAACCUCCGGCUACAGAAGCGUGGGACAGGCGGUGUGGACACCGCAGCCACAGGCGGCGUCUUCGACAUCUCCAACCUGGACCGGCUGGGGAAGUCAGAGGUGGAGCUAGUGCAGCUGGUGAUAGACGGUGUAAACUACCUGAUCGACUGUGAGCGGCGGUUGGAGAAGGGGCAGGACAUCCGCAUCCCCUCGCCAGUGCCACAGUUCCGGCACUGAGUGGGGCCAAGGCAGCGCCAGCCCUGCGGGGCCCAGCUCUCCCCGUAGCUUGUGUGAUCUCUGUGCCCAGCAUGUUGCUGCAUCCUGUUACCCACAACGAGCCAGGCCAGACCCCAUAAACAUGUGCUGCUGUAGCC